AUGACAGCAGGAGUAGAAAAAUUCGUGGAGGACAUUCGAGGGCGGGUUGAAACCUACUGUGAAAACGGCCAAGGUUUCACUUGGAGUGGAAAGAUGCAUUUUAUUGAGUCAUGGUUUCGCGACCGUCAAGGUUACAGGGCAAGAGUCGUCAAUUAUCUCGAAAAUCGCAAAAGAAAAGGAACCAGCGGUAACAGAGUUCACAAAGGCAGCGGAUCCUGGAUCGAGGUCAAAACCUUCCAAUGGCUUCAGAAGAACUAUCCUGUCAUACUAGGCUUUGAGACAGAUUCUUCAGGCCAUUAUGCCGUGGCUACAAAAUUCCGCAUAUAUAUGAAAGCUAGACGAUCACGUUGCUCUCACGCUUCUUUUCGAUGCUCAAUUCGCGAUAUGGUCUACUUCAAGUUCUUUCUACAUUAUGGAUGGGCAGGUGAAAGAAAUGACUGGAUGGACGUCACUCCUUUCAGUGCCCACGUUGCCUAUCUGAAAUAA